AGACUCAAGCCGUCAACAGUAAAGUGUCAUUGCAUUGUUGCAAUGCAGAUGUAUUAGGACACAGUAGUUAGCCUUCCUCUAUUAUUCACUAGUAAUGACCCCAGUGCAGCUCCGUCUCCUUUAAAGGGAAUGGAUAUAUAUCACUUUAAGAACUGAAAUAAAGUUUUGUUCCUGGACUGCUAUCAUGGGGAAUAUAAUAAAAGGCCAAGUAGCUGAGAAUCACACUGCGGCCAACCACUUUGAGGCCUCAUUAAAAGCCACAGAUGAUGAGAUUUUGGUAGUAAUUUCUGACUACCCGUGCCGAGACAUAAGUGAGCCGAUGUUUAGGAUGGGAGAGAAACUGAAGCUUCUGGCUCAGGAAGCCUGCUGGUGGAAAGUCCGCUCUUUGCAAAAUGGAACUGAGAACUACAUCCCUAAUAAUCAUGUGGCAAAGGUCUAUCAUGGAUGGCUAUUUGAAGGAGUGGGGAGGCAAAAAGCAGAGGAGCUGCUACUUUUACCCGGCAACACGGUCGGCUCUUUUCUCGUCAGAGAAAGUCCAAGCCAACGAGGUGUGUAUUCUCUGUCUGUGAGACACAGAGCCAUUAUGCAUUACAAAAUCUUCCGUCUGGACAACAGCUGGUACUACAUCUCUCCUCGUCUCACCUUCCAGUGCCUAGAGGACAUGGUCAAUCACUACUCGGACUCUUCAGAUGGCAUCUGCUGCAUUCUCUCAGCCCCAUGUCUGGCUCUGAACAGCACUGCCCCAAGUUCAGUCUCACAAGCGCCGCCUGUGGUGAUGCGCCGUAACUUCAACUGGCGAAAAGUGAACAGUUCUCAGUUGCUGGAAAGUGAUAAUCAGGGCAAUGUGGACAGUAGGGGCAACUUGGUGAGCUAUGGAGUGAGAAGCAGCAUCGCUGCCUAUCUGUCCAUUGCUGAGGAACAAGAAAGAAAAAGCAGACGGAAAAAGAAGGGCUGGACAGUCUAUGGGAUGCCUGACAGCAGAAAUAUGAUGAGAGAAAACACAGAUUAGGACAUGAGCAGAUAUUUUUUUUGUAUUUACCAGUGCAUGGAAAUACAGCUAAUGGAACUGGUGGAUUUUUAUUCAGACAAUAUGAGCAAUAGACAUUCUGUGACUCUGAGCCUUUCAGAUGAUCAUUGACCUUUUGUACUGAGUUGAAACAAAGGUGAUAAUUGAAUGUCAUGGACUUCAUUUCAGUGGCACUUUAUUUGAGAUGGGAGGCACAGAAACAGUUUACAAAUACAAAUUUUGUUCUAAAUCCCUAAAUGCUUUGAAUGAAUGGACAAACCUUUUGAAGAAGAGGGUUUUUUUCCCCCCUGUUUACCCAGUGAUGAAGGUUUUUGUGCUGAAUUGCAGUGGAGGAACAUACUGAGCCUCUAUCCAGAAAAAAACAGCAUAAACAGCAUGCUAAGCACUUCUUAGCUGGUCUUGGCUUAUUGCCUCAUGUUGUAAAACCUAAUGGGGUGUUGAUUAAACACAUUUAUUUGUGUGUUAUACCUGAGAAAUAACUUCUGAUUACUUCAGUUUUAUUCUCUUCCAAUAUUUCUAAUAAAACUGUUUUACCUUUUUUUUUUUUUUUUUACAAGGUCUAAAGGAGCUGCCGGAGAUUGUAUAUAAUAUUUGUAUAUAAAGUUAAAUAGUUUAAUACAACAUGUUUUUAAUUAUGUUUCUCUACACAUCUAAAAGUUAUUUAAGAGUUCUUUGCAAGGUCAGGGUUCUUAGUUUCUUAAAGGGUUUCUACAUGGAACCUUCCUGAAAAGUAAAUGCUCUGUUGUAGUGAUCUAUAGUACUGUGUAAAGGUUUUAGGCACACGAAAAGAACUUUUAAGGAAAUCGACCAGUACAUUGUUUUUGGAGAACCUUCCUCCAGUUUUCUGCAGUUUUUGGCUCUCACUUGCUUCCGUCUCUGCAGGUCUCAGACUCCUCCAUAAUGUUUUUAUUCUCUUUUUCUUGGAAAUGUUCGUAAAUAUAAAUGUACUUUUUUUUUGUACUGACUCACUAAUGUGUAAUGAGGCAGACAUUCAUGCAUCAUUAAUUCAUCUUCUGUGACCAUUUCCUGGUCAGGGUUAAUGUGGAGUGUAUCCCAGGAACACUGGGCGUGAGGCAGGAAUACACCUGUAUUGGACACAAGUCCAUUGCAGUGCACCAUGUGUAUGCACAUUCAUACUCUUUCACAUCUAAGAAUUAUUUAGAGAAGACAAUCCAACUACCAGCAUGUUUUUAUUAGAUCAGAGGAAACCCACGUGUGCACUGGGAAAACACAUGACAAGCCACACAGACAGCAACACCUUGCUGUGAUGCAACAACACUACUCACUGCACCACUGUGCCACCCAUAAUGUACAAAAUAUAUGACAGACUAUUAGUGUACCUAAAACAUUUGCACCAUACUGUACGUAGAACCCUUUAAUCUUUUUUUAUCGGAGCAAGUCUAAAUGAAACUAAUUUUUAUCAUGUUUGUGGACUGAAAAUAACUAACCUGGAUUUCCCAGUAACAACUACAGUAAAUACAGUGCCAAAUAUUCUGGAGAAUAUUUUGUCUUAACAUUGCAGGGACACACAUGCAGGACCUUUAGUCUGCUCUUUAAGAAAAUAUUAUUUUCCCUUGCAGAUUAUUAUUAUUAUUAUUAUUAUUAUUAUUAUUAUUAUUAUUAUUAUUAUUAUUAUUAUUAUUCAAUGAUUCUAUCAAAUAAAUAAAAUCUGUCCCCAUGCAGGAUGUGCUGUAUUUUACUCUCUUGCAUAGCAUUAUUUAAUGUUAUAGCCUAACAUUCUCUAAUCUGACUGAUCAGAAGGUGUUGAUUCAUUCCUAUAACAGCAGCUCUGCUAGUAGUUCAGCUGCAAGAUAAUAAUUUUAUCUUAAUGCUUUCCAUCUAAUAUCUUAUCAUUUCUAUACUAACAACUCACACGUGGACUUGUAUGGCAGACUCUCCAAAUAAUCUAAACCUAAGAAUAAAUUUAUUAAUAAGCAUGUUGUUAAUUAACAUAGGAAAUAUAUAAUCCUCAUGGUGAUGCUUUCUGUAAAUAAACAUUUAUUUAACAUUUA